CCAAGGCAUCAUCAAAUUUUCCAUUAUUCCGUGAUGAGAAAAUGUUGUUAAAAAUUUCUUAUUGUUAUAAUUUUUGUGAACUUGUGUUGUUUUAAAUAUAUAUUUGUUAAUACAUGGCGGGUAAUCGCCUUUAUAACCCCAUUUGCCUUGCUUGCCCAUAAAUAAGGGGCCAGUUUUUAAUUGCUCAACGAUAUUUUCCCGCCCAGCUUAAAAAAUAUAUUUGUAUGCCAAUUGUUACUUAAAAGCCAGCAUAUAAAAAACAUUUUUGUGAGCAUACAUAUUUAUACAUUCAUUUAAAAUGUAUACGCCAAGAAAAAGGCAAUGCAAUAAUGCCAUCAAUGAAAUGGCAUCUCCAAGAACACCGGAAACCCCUAUGAGUUUUAGCCGAGAAUUACGACAGGUGUUGCAAGAGCGUAAUCUAUUGACGGUAAAAUCUAGAAAUAAGGUGUGUUCCAUGUUGAUAGGAGGCACAGGACGCUCACCAAUAUCUUCGCCCAAUACGGAAACGGACAAACGAAGAACAUUUCGUUUGCAGGCCAUACAUGAAAUUGUUACAUCGGAAAAAACAUAUCUUCAGCAAUUGCAAACGUUGAUCGAUUACUUUGUGCAACCCUUGAAGGAGCAACAAAUCAUAGAUGAAGCCAGUCAUACCACACUCUUUGGCCAAAUAGAAAUGAUAAACAAUUUAAAUGGGGAAUUCCUAAGGGAACUUGAGUCGGAUCUGGAUAAUGUUGCCCAGGCCUUUUUGAAGAUGGCUCCUUUCUUUAAACUGUACUCAGUUUAUGCCUUCGAUUAUCGCCAAGCUUUGUUGGUAUUGCAGGAGCUUACAUCCAAGAAUGGUGCAUUUCGUAAAUUUUUGGAAAUCAAUGAAUUUCGUCCUGAAGUACAAAGAAAGCUUAACUCUUUAAUGAUAGUGCCCAUACAAAGAGUUCCGCGUUACAAAUUGCUGCUGGAACAGGUGCUGCUCUACACCAGCCCAGCAGAUGCUGACUUCAAAUUGCUAAAGGAGUCUGUGAAACAAAUCGAAAGCACCGUCUCACACAUAAAUAGCUGUGUGCAGGAUCAGGAGGUCACACAAAUGUUGAUUAAUAUACAAAACUCUCUGGUACAUCGUACACCGAAUAUUGUAAAGCCCUCACGCAAAGUCAUAAAGGAAGGAGUAUUGAAUAAGGUUACCCGCAAUGGCAACGAAGUCAAACGUUAUUGUGUCCUCACCUCAGAUAUUUUCAUGUAUUGCAAAAUACUAAAGGAUCGAGCAGCUAAUACGGUGGUUGAAAACUCCCUAGAAUGUUGUUGCAUAUUUCCCCUGAAAAAGUGUAAAGUCUAUGAGCUUUUACCCGGCCACUUUAAGGUCACCUGUCAGAGUGAUGGCAUAAUCUUUAACUCCCCUGAUUUGCAGUUGUCACGUAUUUGGGUGGGCUUUAUACGCGAUGCCAUUGAUUUGCAUAUACAGUGCCGCAAAACAUUGCGCAAGGAGAGCAGCAAGCGAACCCCAUUAAGGAAAAAAGAUGUAAAGAAUUUCGGUGAGGACUAUAUGUUGAGUCCAAAGAAUAAGAAAUCGGAAUUUGAAAACAUAUUUCGCAAUAAAAAUGCUGAGUCCGAAGACGAAACUGGGGCUGAUAACUCGUUUACGGCAACUAAUUGUUUUGGUGGCAGCAAGCGCAAAAUUGUAUCGCAUGCUGCUACGCCAGUUACAAUGGCAAAGAGCCUAACUGCCGCUAGGCAAAGCACACCCACAACACCAAAACCCCCAAAACGUAAAGCUCCGGAAAUUGUAGAUGAAAAUGAGAGCAUCUUAAGAGACAAAAGUCAACAUAGUAGUGGUAUAGGCACCCCAGAAAAUCGCCUCUCCAAAUUAUAUAAAUUUAUAUCCAAUGAUAAAAUGCGGGCCACCACACGUGGCAUUCUGAAGAAAACUCAAUCGAGAACAAAUGUGCAGCCGCAACCAAGCUUGCAACAACAACAACCACAAGUUAAUCGUCUCUCUGACAAUGAUCCCACCUACGGCUUCGCUAGCCGCUAUUCCGAUUCCAAGUCAUAUUUUAAGGCACACAAUGUGGACACCACCAUACCGCAUGCAAUAGUAAAACGUGAAGAUUUCUUAGUGGACAGUGGCGGCUUAAAUUCUGAUGCUGCAGGUAAUUUUCGUGAUGUUCUCUUCCCUUUGAGAUCUAGCAAUGGCAGUAAUAAAAGUAACUGGAGUUUGAAUGGAAAAAAUGGCAGUACUUCACCAACAACGGCUCUCAAAGAGAAUUUUGCCAACAUCAGAAUUUCAUCACCACCACAGAAAAAACGUGUGAAAUUCGAUGAUUCCUUAGAUGAGUUGUAUGAGCAGCCGACAUUUGAAUUUCAACGUCACGUUACCCAAACAGAUGGCAAAAAUGGAACUACACUACGUGAAAAAAUCUACGACUUUUUUGCAAAUUUAUUCUGAGAAAAGGGUAAACUGGAUUUUAUUUUUAAAUGUCUUAAGCAAAGUUUAAAGUGGACUAGAUGCUAGUUCCAAUAGUCUAAAUGUUUAUUUUUAAAACUCAUUGCUGCACAACUUUAUUUUUUUAAGAUAUAAACCAAUACUCCUAUGCAUACGUA